AUGACUGUGCUGGACAUCCCCGACAACGGGCUGGCUCUCCGGUCCAAGGGCCAGCCGGGGGAGCCCGCGACCACGCGAGCCCAGUUCAUGCGGCUGGCCCUCGCCCAGAGCACGCUGGACGAUCUCAUCAGUAGCAUGCAGAAGGGCCAAUCGGCCAAGGUUCGUCUGGGAAAACAUCCCUCGCUCCAGUUCAACGGCAAGACCGAAUCCUUCCACGCCUACCCCGAAACACACCGCUCUGAGAUCUACGAGACUUCGUCCGAUAAACGGACCCUUUAUUUUGCAGGCGUCCUCAGCCACAGCUUGGAGAUCGCAAAGGCCAAGGAGGAUACGGAAGAUGUCGACCGGGCCUUGGAAACGCUACAGGCGGGACUGAGUGCCCAUGAGCGGGAGAAGGAGGCCAAACAAUCGUACCUGGUGUCCAACCCGGACGAGCUGAAGGCGCUGGCCAAGGUCAACAAAGGCAACCGAAUGUCAGUUCGGUCGGGAGGGCCGAGAGACAAAUCUCGCCGACUCGGAGUAACUCACAUUGGAAAUGGAAGCCUACACCCAAGUCCCAAACUAGGUGCCCCCGAAUCGCCCGCCCUCGCUCCAACGUCCGCGCCUUCCCAGUCCAAAGCCGACCGGCGUCUCGAGGCCCUCAAAACUCCGUUCAUUCACUUGCUCGCCGUCCGCGCCGUCUCCUCCCAGUAUCUAGCCCGUCUCACGCACACCUCCCAAGACGAGUGCAACACCCUCGCCAAGAAGUUCGGGACGGAGAACCGCCUCAACCGAGAGAAGUUCGACCUAAAAGAUAAGACCUACAAGGACCUCGACGUCUGGAAGUUCCCGUACCCGACCGAGGAAGAUCGGGAAAACGCCAUCCAGAACGCCAUCUCGGCCUUUGACCGCAUGCGAAUCUCCCGCACCGACAAGCUCUGGCAGUCACUGCUCCCGAAGGAAGAACGCGGAAAAGGAAAGUGCCUCUCCCGCCUCAACCUGCACAUCACACCCGCCAUGCCUACCACCAAGAAGACCACCGGCACGAGUACCACCCCACGCAUCCAGGUGGAUGGGGCCGAGGAUCGCGCGGAGGAAAUCGAUCGCGCCAAGGGAUCGGGUGUGACUUCUCGACUGACUCGGAAGCCGCGAACCGAGAAGGAUGGAACGAAGAAGCAGGUGAAGGGCAAGAGUGCCGACAACAGCACGCUGACGGGCCGAAUCACCAAGAAGACCACCGGCAAGGCCGCCCCGCCCAAGACCGAUUCCAAGUUCAAGUCUGCCGAGUUCGUUCACUCCUCAGACGAGGAUGAUGAUGAGAUGCCCGAUGCUCCUUCACCUCUCCCCGAAUCCACCUCUAGCUCGCGUCCCAAGGAAAACAAGCCCGCUACGGCUUCGGCUUCAACUUCGACUUUGGCUUCGACCAAGAAACCUCAACCUCUGACCAAAACUCAACCGGCAAAGAAUACGGCUCCUGCAUCUUCCAAGGCCUCCAAGGCCCCGGCACCCGCACACAAACUCGAGUCUUCUCAUGCUACUCCGGCUUCCAAGCGACCGGCCUCUCGCACCUCCACCUCGCCCCAGAAGCCUUCUCCUCUCGGAUACUCUCCUCCCGCAGCUGCUUCCGGUGGUUCUCAGGGCCGCAGCCGCUCUGACAGCCAGAACCAGUCAUCCGGCUCCUCUUCUUCUUCGCCUCUGAUCUCUCAACUUGCUCGCAACAACAAGGCUACCGGUACUGCCGCACGCCCGCAAAAGCCCGUUGCACCGGCCAAUGGCGUCAGCAAGCCAGCUCCUACCAAGUCUUCAGCUCUGCCCACGACGUCAGUCAAAACGGCACCUGCGAAGCUUUCCUCCAAGCCCGUCCCCGCCAAGCCUACCUCCACCAAACCUACUUCUUCAACCUCUGCGGCUGCGCGUCCCAAGCCCACUCGGCCCGACCCUACGCCCGCCAAGAACGUCGACAAUGCCUUGUCUAACGCUAAUCCCCGCAAGCGCAAGGCAGAGCCCGAUGUGGGCUCCGAGUCUGACCGCGAUGGCCACCCUAUCAUCACUGGAAAUCUGGAGCACAAGCGACGUCGUGCUGUUAGUACCUCAAGCGGUAGUACCGGUAGUGCUUCUCCUUCCAUGACUCAGGAGGUUCUUCGCAAGCGACUGCUGGACAAGUCGGAGAAGUUCAAGGAGUAUUACGCCAAAUACUCGGCUCUGCAUCAGGUUCUGGCCGGUCAGGCCAACCCUCCUGCCAAGGACGUGGACAAGUUGGAGAAGCAGCACAAGCGGCUGCAGCAGAUGAAGCAGGAGAUCUGGGAUGAGAACCGACGUCUUCGUGAGGAAGGCGUCAUCUCUUGA